AUGGUUUUCAAUAUUCUUUCCUUCCUCGGUAUACUUGCGUUCUGCAGUCAGGCUUUAGGAUGGACCAACCCCAUCCGUAACCCGGGUGGAGCCGACCCUUUUGUUGUUUAUACUGGCGGCUAUUACUAUAUUCUCACUACCACGUGGAGCGAUGUUGAGAUUGCACGUUCCACAACUGUGGCAGGCCUUGAAAGUGCGACUAAGAAAGUUGUGUAUACCACGACUGAUACCUCACACUGCUGCAACGUGUGGGCUCCCGAGGUACACUACCUUGGCGGCAAAUGGUACAUCUACUACACUGCAGGAAAGAGUACAGAUCUUGAUGGACAGCGGCUCCAUGUUCUGACGGGAGGUGCUACCCCAUGGGAUACAUUCACUUACAGCGGUCAAUUGACAACGGAAUGGUCCAUUGAUGCCUCAGUCCUUCGAUUCAAUGAUUACGGAAACUACUUGAUGUUCUCGUGCUUCCACGGCGUGACCUACCAAUCAAUCUGCCUUCAGAAGCUAGGGUCAGACUAUGUCUCAUUGACCGGCAGCAUUUAUGUAAUUUCGCAACCUGAUCAAUCAUGGGAGAAGAACGGCACCCCGGUCAACGAAGGACCUGUCGCACUUUACUUUGGCGGCAAGACAUAUAUAACCUACUCCGCAUCCUAUUGCUGGACUGCCAAUUACUGUCUGGGUACAUUGAAAUGGGACGGCAGCACCGCCCCCACAUCAGCAAGUGCUUGGACAAAGAGCAGUAAAUGUGUGCUCUCCUCGGCCAAUGGCAACUAUGGAACUGGACACAAUUCGUUCUUUUCGAGUCCUGACGGCUCACAGACUUGGAUCGCGUAUCAUGCUACCACUACUAGCACUGGUGCCUGUGACGAUAGUCGGUACACUAUGUUCCAAUUAUUGGGGACACAUAGUGACGGUAGCCCGAACUUUGGAACUCCAGUCGCUUGGACACAUGCACAUAGUGAGCCACGUUCAUAA